AUGGCGUCAAACGGAGCAGAACCACCUUCUGUAGAGAAGAUCAACACUGACAUCGUCACCCUCACCCGAUUCCUCACAGAAGAACAAACAAAACACAAAGAAGCAACUGGGGAUUUCACACUCCUCUGCCACGCCCUCCAAUUCUCCUUCAAAUCAAUCGCCUACUACAUUCGACGAGCAACCCUCAUAAACCUGACUGGACUCGCAGGUUCGAGUAAUACCACCGGCGACGACCAGAAGAAACUCGACGUGAUCGGAAAUGACCUCUUCAUCGCAGCCAUGCGCUCGUCGGGAAAAUGCGCUGUCUUAGUCUCGGAAGAGGAAGAAGAAGCCAUCUACUUCCCUGAACACAAGAACGCGAGAUACGCAGUGGCAUGUGAUCCCAUCGACGGCUCCUCCAACCUAGACGCUGGAGUUUCCGUAGGCACAAUCUUCGCGAUCCAUAAACUGGCCGAAGGCUCAGAAGGCAAGAAAGAAGACCUCUUGAAACCAGGAACCGAGCUCAUCGCCGCGGGGUUCACCAUGUACGGUGCUUCCGCUCAACUCGUCAUCACCAUGAAAGGCGGUGGUGUCAAUGGAUUUACCAUGGAUAACGCACUCGGCGAAUUCAUCCUCACACAUCCUGACAUGCGAAUUCCUAAGAGCAGAUCCAUUUACUCCGUUAACGAGGGUAACUCUUUAUACUGGGAAGAACCCGUCAAGGAGUACUUCAAUUCGCUCAAGUUCCCGGCUGAGGAGGGCGGAAAGCCGUAUUCGGCGAGAUAUAUCGGGUCUAUGGUUGCGGAUGCGUAUCGUACGUUGUUGUACGGUGGUAUUUUUGCGUAUCCCGCGGAUAAGAAGAGUCCAAAGGGAAAACUGAGGAUUUUGUAUGAAUGUGCGCCUAUGGCUAUGGUUUUUGAGAAUGGUCAGUCUUUCCUCCACUUUAUCCCUGUUUCUUUGCCUAACCCUUAUGAUAUCCCUGCUGCCUUUCUACUGCAAGUGUGUAUUAAAUCUAACGUCCCUCUAGCCGGCGGCCAAGCACUCAACAGCAAAAUGGACCGCAUGAUGGAAGUUGUCCCCGAUGGAAUCCACGAUCGAUCGGGUAUCUUCAUGGGGAGUUAUGAUGAGAUUGAGAAGGUCAAGAAGUUUCAUAAGUAG